GGGUUGCAGCGAUCUGAGGUGCGUGGCAGACCGGGCGGGCGGGCUAGCGGCGGGUACGCGGGCCCGACCGCGGGCCCGGCGUGGUCCGGGCGGGAGGUGGCCGCCGGCGGCAUUCGAGGCCUGCGCGCCCGUCCUCCCGCGUCGGGUCACAGCGGCUGCACCAUGGCUCUAAGGGCCGAGGGCGCCGCGCUCGACUGCUUCGAGGUGACGCUCAAGUGCGAGGAAGGAGAGGACGACGAGGAGGCCGUGGUGGUGGCCGUAAUUCCGCGGCCCGAGCCGAUGCUCAGAGGUGUAUUCCGAGCACCACCUGCCCCAGGCACCUUGACUGACAACACCCUUCCCCUCCUUGGCACAGUGACCCAACAGGAGAAGACCCCACCACCUCGACCCCACCUGUUGGAGGCAGGUGUAGAUGGCUGUGAGGAGCCCAAGCAGCACAUGUCUUGGGAACAGGAGUUCCUGGUGGGGAACAGCCCCGGAGGCAGCGGGCGGGCACUGUGCAUGGUGUGUGGGGCCGAGAUCCGGUUCCCUUCGGCAGACACGGCUCGCACACACAUCCUGGAGCAGCAUCCUCACACUCUGGACCUCAGUCCCUCCGAGAAGAACAACAUCCUAGAGGCCUGGAGUGAGGGGGUGGCCCUCCUACAAGAUGUCCAAGUUGAGCAGCCGUCCCUACCCAGCCCAGAAUCAGGCCAGGAUGUCGAGCCAGACCCCGGCUCCAACCCAGACCCUGCCAAGAUGCCAGCGGAGAUUGUGGUCCUCCUGGACUCCGAGGACAACCCAUCCCUCCCUAAAAGGAGCCGGCCCAGAGGACUCCGCCCGCUUGAGCUUCUUGUUGCCCCUGCCACAGAGCCAGGAAAUAAGAAGCCCCGUGGUCAGAGAUGGAAGGAACCCCCAGGGGAAGAGCCUGUCAGAAAGAAGAGAGGCAGGCCAAUGACCAAAAACCUGGAUCCUGACCCAGAUCCCCCCUCCCCCGACUUACCCACAGAAGCGUUCACAGCACCAGCUGAGGUCCGACACUUCACAGAUGGCAGCUUCCCUCCAGGCUUUGUCCUCCAGCUCUUCUCCCAUACCCAGCUUAGGACCGCAGACAGCAAGGACUCCCCUAAAGAGGUCAAAGUGACAGAAGAAGGCCUUCCCCAGCCAGAAAGCCCCUCUUCAGGUGAGCCCUCCUGAGAAGGGUAGACAGGGGAAGGUGGGCAGUCAGCACCCCUGGGUUCUAACCAAGAUAGAGGUGGCUGGUGCUCAGGUAUCCUGGAGACACGCCAAGGAUUGAGGGGAAGGAGUGGGAAUGGUGAGGAAGGCUGGCCAGAGAGCUAAGCAUUUCUAAGUGUUCUUAGGAGUUUCUUGGAGUUGUUCAUUAGGCUGAGCUAGGCCAGCAUCUCCCCAGAAGCCUUGACACCCUCCUCCCUAAGUCUACACAUGAGGCUGCUUCCAGCUGGAACUUAGACCCAAAUGGGGCACUCAGCAAUUCAAGCAGGUGUGGAGUCAGAUGUGGUGCUGCACCCCUGUAAUCCCAGCACUCCAGGGGCUGAGGCAAGAAGAUCAAGAGUCCAAGGCCGGCCUGGGCUAUGUAAUGAGAUACCGUCUUAAAAACAAGAAACCCAGGUGUCAGAAUAGUCAGGUGACACUCUAUGGAGACACCAGCUCAGUAAGUUCCUAAUAGUGACAGUAAGUGCUUUUGUUUGUAUUGUAUCCCGGUGGUAUUAAGAAGUUUUUAUAUGCAGUUCAUUUGGUCCCAGGUGUGGUGGUGCCUAUAAUCCCAGCACUCAACUAGCUGAGGCAAAAGGAUCAUGAGUUUGAAUUUUUAUAGACAAAGAAGCUAAGUCUCAAGGAGAUAAUUUCUUCUUCCCCAUAGUCUUUGUAUGAGUUUCUUGUUUGCUACUGUAACAAAUUACUACAAAUUUAGUGGCUUAAAACACACAUUUUAUAGUUAUGGAAGUCAGAGUCAAUAUGUGUCCUCCCGAGCUAAACUCAAGGUGUUGGCAGGGCUGUGUUUGUUCCCUUCUGGAAGUUUUAGGGGGAAAUUUGUUCUCUUGUCUUCCUGGCUUAGAGGCCUCCCACAUUCUUUGGCUUGUGGUCUCCUAACAUCCUCAAAGCCAGCAGUGGCUGGUGGAGGUUCUCCCCCUGUUGUCUUUGGUUCUAACUCAUCUGCCUCCCUUUUCCUCAUUUAAGGGCCAUUGUGGGCUCACUUACGUAAUCCAGAGUAAUUUAUCUAUUUAUUAUUUAUUUUUGCUGUGUAGGGGGUGGAACCAGGGCCUUGGAAGGCAAGGGCUGUGCUGCUGAGCCAUAACCCAGCCCAUCUCUUAUUUUUUAAUCUGUUUUAACAACCUUAAUUCCAUCUACAGCCUAAUUUCCCCUUGCUGUGGAAUAAGACAUUCCCAGGUUCUGGGGAUUUACUAGUGUCUACUCUUAACAGUUUGGUUGUAUCCUUCCACCUUUCACAAAGCUCUGUG